GACUCCCUGUCUAGUAGUUCGCGUGUUUUCGAUGAGUCAACUGAAGCGCGAUUUCAACUUGGCGCGUACCUGUGAGUAAACAACUUCGUCGAGCUCAUUUCCCGCGUCUCAUCCUCACUUUUACUCGGUUCCGAAAGAAUCGUUUCCAACGUCAUCGUGCAAAAAACACCCUAGAAUAUGCCCACCGAAAGUGUCAGUCGAGUGAAUCUGUGAAAAACAAGUGAUUUUCCAUCGAUUCUUAUCAAUCCGCGAUUCCGCUUAGUGAUAAGACCAGAGGAACACAUCGCCCGAAUAUAGCGGUUUAUCUUGCGAGGUGUGCGCUGCUAUCCAGAGCUUUCGUGCUGCCUCCGUUGCAUGAUAUGUAAGAAUUUUUACGAGUGAACUGUAUGAGGCUUCGCGCGUGUAAUUUUUCCGGUUUCCGACGUCUUUUCGUCUACAAUACGUUAAAACAUUGAACUUUAGUGAAGUUAAGUUGGAAUUUCCAACCAGUCGUCGUGUGAAAGUGGUUUAAGUUUUUUGUGGAGUUAGUGACAUUGGAGUUGUGAUACAUGUGCUACUCGGAUUUGUUGGUGGCUCCAUUCCUUAAAAAUUGGUCUCCGUUAUGAUGUUCCUACAGUCAUGCACAGGGUAGCACCUCUACUAUUAUGCAGAUUGGUUAUCAUCUCUAACCUACUUCUUGCCCUUGCUCAAAAUGCAGUUGACAACAGGUGUUACCUGGAGAGUGGAGGAUCAGCCGAAAGCUUUUUCGUUAGUGAAGAUCUACCGGUUGGAGCUACGAUCGGCGUGAUCCGGAUCGUGGGAGAGCUCGGCGAGCGAGGGAACAUCGAGCUCCGGCUCCAGGAGUCCGACAGCCCCGUACGGAUCACCCCCAACUCGAAGAACUUGACGCUCACCAGGAAGUUGGACAAAGAGGGAAUCGAAGGACCUUCGUCGGUUUAUGUAAAUAUUAUCUGUGAUAGAAAACGAACUUCGGAUCCCGGUUUUGUGAUUCCUGUAAAUAUUCGAGUCACCGAUGCCAACGAUAAUGCUCCCCAAUUCGUAAAUGCACCGUACGUUUUAAAUAUAUCCGAGGUGACGGUUGUGGGAACUCGUGUCUUGCAAGGUGUCAAAGCUGUAGAUGCAGAUCAACAAGGACCCUUCUCGACAGUGCAAUACUCAGUGCUUUCUGGGCCACACUCGGACUAUUUUGUCUUCAUCAACGGCCUAGAGGGUACCCUAGUCUUAAGGAAAGCCUUGGAUUAUGAGACUCUCUCCAAUUUCACGCUCGUUAUUCGAGCACAGGAUCAAGGAAGUCCACCGCAAUGGUCAGAUACCCUGCUCCAUGUGAAUGUAAUUGAUGCUGAUGACCAAAAUCCCAAAUUCUAUCAUGAUCACUACACGGCAACUCUUCCUGAAGCUACACAACAGGGCACAAGACUGAAAAUUUUCCCUGAUGAAAUAGCAGCAUAUGAUCAAGAUAUUGGUAUCAAUGCACCUGUUUAUUAUACAUUUAAUGCAGAUGGCAUUGAAUACAGAUACUUUGAAGUUGAUCGAGCAAGUGCUCAUAUUUCGACAAAACGAGCAAUUUCUGAGGAUGAAUUGCUUCAGCCAGUGACUAUAGUGAUUAAGGCUACACAAUUUGACAAUGCAGAUAGGUAUGCUCUGGCAACACUGACUGUAGCACGACCAGGUUCUUCAACUCGAGACCUAACUUUCCUGCAAAGCCAUUACUACGCUGGUGUUUUAGAAAAUACUCCUAUCGGUAGUGUUAUUCUCACAGUUGUGACAAAUAAACCUAGGAAUAAGCGAAUUCGAUACUGGCUAAGUGAGUAUGAAAGCAUGUUUCAAGUGACACCGAGUGGAGAUAUUACACUCUUACAAGCACUGGAUUAUGAAACUGAGGAGCUGUAUACAUUUAAUGUGCAUGCUUCUGAUACUUUCUCCAAUGCCACUUGUUUUGUGAACAUCACAGUACUGAAUGUAAAUGACUGGGAUCCCAGGUUUAGGUAUCCUCAAUAUGAGUUUUUCCUCAAUGAUGAUGCACUAAUACCUGGAAGUGUCGUGGGCAAGGUAGAGGCUGCGGAUGGAGACAAAAAUGAUUACAUCACACUUUCUCUGCGAGGUCCAGCAGCCAAGAUGUUUUCAGUGAAUGAAGAAGGAGUUAUAACCCUUUGUGAUGUCACUGCAUUCAACAGUUCUACCGCUCAUCUUGUGGCUGUUGCAACUGAUAGCGGCAUCCCACCAAGACAAGCUUCUGUGCCAGUGAUAGUUCAUAUUCCUGGCGUCAUGGUUGGCGGCUGGGCAACACGUGGACCUGGUUUUGUGACUACAGUUAUUUUCGGAACCACUCUGAGCGUCCUUGCACUAAUAAUUAUUCUAUUAUUGGCCUACAUCCACAAAAAUAAGAAACAGAAAUCUGCCACAAGACUCGAGAACAACAUGAAUAAAUUCGGUGGUUUUGUUGCUAGUCCUGUGUACCCAGAAAAAGUCGUAGGAAUUGGUAAAAUGGAGAAUCCUGUAUUCAACGGCGGAAGAAAUACAUCGCCUUCACAAUUUAGCACAGCAACAGUUAAAAGUAUAAUGUCACCAAAUCGUAUGAAUAAUUCGCAGUUAAGCGCAACAACAUCGCACAGAAUAAAGCAAAAAAUAGCUCCUGCUCCACCUCAAGUGCCUAAAUUAUCAACUCCUAGUCCACCUCAUUCUAGAUUAUGGCCUCAGGGCUCAUUUCCACGCCGAGUGAAAAAGCUGAGUUGGAAUGAUGAAAGUGAUUCAUAUCAGAGAAGGGGUGAUGUCGACUCGGAAGUUAACUCUUCUCCACUGGCUUUGGAAAAUAACAAAGGCUCUGAGCAUAUGAACCUUACUGUCUACUUCUAACAUACUUGCGCUUCAUUUCCAUUUCAUCAAGUCCUGAAAUACUCAUCUCGACUUUCAUCUUGUCAUUGUAAAUAUAAAGUUGAUUUCUGUAAUUUUCUCCAUCUCAUUUGCCUACCAAAUCCUGGUUUGUAUUAAGAUGAUUUGUCCUGGUGUUACUUAGGUUGCGAUCGAAGUGCUAUUUGACGUAACACAGUUUUAAAUAAAAAAGUGGGGAACUUUGAGUUUUAAGGCAAAUAAAAUGAUACUUCUGUAAGAUUUUGUACGAACACUACGAAAAGAACUUACACACUUUGAAAAAUUAUCAUCUGGAUUUGUCUGCUGAGAGGGAUCAAAUUUAAUGUGGCAUUGGAUCCCUGCGUCCAUUGUAAUACUUUUUGGGAAACAAUUUUUUUUCUUUUUGGGGGGGGGGGGGCAUUGAUUUAGAGGACUCAUGUCCAGAGCCUAUAGAUCUUCGUUUUUUGGACGUAGAACGUGUCCAGAUUUUUUACCUAAUUGAAGCAGUACAUCCAACCCCAGUUACUUCUGUCAAAACCACACCCCAGGACAAUUUUCUUCAAGUAUGUGUAAGUAAUGUAUCUUAGUUUAAUAUUUUGCAUUUGAAUCAUAAUGUAGCAAUAGUGUGACCAUAAUAUCUUAGGUGAUCAUUGAGGAAUCUUGGAACCUUAAAUCUUGCAAAUACUGUGACUUUAAAGGAAUUGGAUGCCAACUAGUUUAUCCAACUCCAUCAUUCUAAGUAAAAGGAAUGGAACAUAUUUGAAAGAGAACUGCAUGAAAAGUAAAAGACUAUGUGUGUAAUUAAGCAUAUUAAGUUUCUAUUGUGUGCUUGAACAUAUACUGGUGCUCAAAAGUAGGCUCCGACAACUGUGAUAAGACACAUUUUCUGUUCCUGCAAUCCUUUUCUCUAAAAUACUUCCUUGAGGUGAGGAACUCAGGGAAAAAUGAUAAAGGUUCGUUCAAGUUCAUUAAUGAAAAAACGAAGGCGUAUCACUAAAACACAUAAUGUUUUAUUUUUCAGAGCUGACAUUCUGAUUAAAUCUUUUCUGAGAGGUAUUUGAAAAAAAUAUUUUAUUAUUUUUACCUGAUGAAUAAAACUAUUUAAGUUACUUACUUUGCCUUAAGAGUCGAAAUGAAUUAAUAAAAUGGCUAAGUAAGACAACAAAUUUUUUCCUACACAGCAUUGCUAAUUAUAUCCGACUGAUGGUUAUUACAUGUGACAAUAUUUGAGUGGUUAAAAGUAAUAUAAAUCCCUUGAAGACUGCUGAUGAGAUUGGCAAAUAAACUGACUGUGAGUUUCAUUUGGAGCAUUACAGGAAAACUGCAUUUAUUGAAACCUAUAGUUAAGUAUUUUGAAUAAAUUAUAAUUUGACUUCAUAACUUUUCAUACUUAGGUAAAUAGAAAAGGAGCCUGCACACUCCUUCUUGGAAUUGUACAACGAUCGAUUUCCAAUUUUUUUAUUGCAUUAAACUUGUCUUUUGAUGCUAAUCAAAAAACAUCACAGCGCCAACUUUCUACAAGGCACCAUUUCUGCACAAUUCACUAUUAAUUACGCUAUUAAUUCGGUAAUUAUACUUGAAUAAGUGAGGCCAGUGCAGCGCUUGAACAAGGAGUUUCCUUGUUUCGUUACCUAUCACCCAGCUGGUGAUAGGUAAGGAAAAGAGUGAGAGAGAGAAAGAAUCUGAUUUGAACAGUGAAACGGAAAGGCAUGCUGAAUCCAAGAUAAGACUGCCAGGUUUUUCUUGUUUUCAGCAAAAGCUGAAAGAUAGAUAUUGCCGUGCUGGCUUCACUGAUUCAAGUAAUUAUUGAAUUAAUGGCGGAUUGUGCGGAAAUGGUGCUUUGUAGACAGUUGAGGCAAUGAUGACUUUUGAUCACCAUCAAAAGAUGAGUUUAAUCCAAUUAAAAAAUUGGAAAUCAAUUGUAGUACAAAUCUCUAUAAGGAGUGUGCAGAGUCCUUCAAGCCCACAGUUCAAAAAGUAUUGUGCUCAAAUUUUAGGAACGUUUGAGAGAAGAAAAUAAGUGGUUCAGUUGCAAUUAUAGUGAGUGUAUUUUAAAUCAAAAAUUUUGAAAAUGUAAAUAUAAUUUCCUUUACAUAUAGCUUUGUAUAAUUAUUUGAUAAGUCUUUUACUCAGAUAAAAAAAUCAUGUUCUACUUCUUACUUUUUUCAUCUUUGUAAAUGUGUUGAAAACUUUGUUGCCCUUAUGGGAAAUAAAUGAAUUAAAAGAUAAGAACUUA